AUGUUUAGAGGAGGUCAGAUAUGUAAAGUGUUGGAUAUCUUGUGCCAAUGACUCAUUAGAUGUGUGUAAGUCAUGGGUGGGGUCUGAACCUCCCACUGGGGUCUCAGGAGCUAUAAAAGCAUCCCGAUUCAGAGAGAGAAACAGAACUCCAACAGCCAGCAUCAACUCUCUGUGAUCCUUCUGGGACCUGAACAUCUAAUACACAAUGGCAAGUGCAAUGAGAUCCUGGACCGUGCUGGCGGCUCUUGUCAUGUGUGUUAUAGUGUGUCUGAGCAGCCUGGCUGAAGCUUACCCACCCAAACCUGAACCUCCGGCGGGAGACAUGGGUCCAGAGGAGCUGGCCAAAUACCACACAGCACUACGGCACUACAUCAACCUCAUCACACGACAGAGAUAUGGGAAGAGGUCGACUCCUGAGGAUGCUGUGGCCGAGCUGCUGUUUGGUGAUGAUGAACAAGACUUCAGACCCCGUGUUGAAGACAGUCUGGUUUGGUGAUGUCACUCGUCUCUCCUCCUCUUAGCUGGUGCACUGGCUUUCUUCAUCCAUUCAUCUGAGUGAUCAUAAAUGAGUUUACUGAAACCAGAAUGAGCCGAACCCUCUUUACAGAGAGGGCUUUAAAACACCUCAUAAUCUCUCUUGUGCUCUUCUUUCUGUUUCUCUCUCUGUCUCUCUUCAUCUCAUGGUUUAAUUUAUGCUUUGUGAAAGACAAUUGUAAAUAAUUUAUUAUUCUCUGACAAAUUGAAAUUAAAGAAUAAUUGAA